CUCUGGGUGCUUGGGAGCUCAGGUGGACAACAGCAACUUCUCAGAGCUGUUCUUCACUCCUAACUUCUCCCGAGCCUCUAAAAGAGAAAUGCGCUCUUCUGGGUCCUAACGGAGUCUGGAAGAAGGCUCUGGACAGAACAGGGACUAGGUUCUGUGGACAGAAACAAAGCGUUUGGGAGAGACUAUGGCCAGUGGUCAAGCGCACCCUCCAUUUGAGGAGGAGAGCCCCCAGCCUAGCACAUCGGUGCAGUCCCCCCAGGUGGUGGCGGAUGAUGAAGUGCCAGGACCAUCAGUCCCUUGGGUAGAUCCCAGCCCCCAGCCUCAAUCUCUUGGCAUGAAAAAGAAGAGGGAAUGGUCAGACGAAUCCGAGGAGGAGCCAGAGGAGGAGCUGGAGUUGGAGCGCACCCCUGAGCCCAAGGACACCUGGGUGGUGGAGAUGCUGUGUGGGCUCAAGAUGAAGCUGACGCGCAAGCGAGCAUCCUCCGUGCUCCCUGAGCACCACGAGGCCUUCAACAGGCUGCUUGAGGAUCCUGUCAUUCAAAAAUUCCUGGCCUGGGACAAAGAUCUGAGGGUGUCAGACAAGUAUCUCCUGGCUAUGGUCAUAGCGUACUUUAGCCGUGCCGGCCUCUUCUCAUGGCAAUACCAACGCAUUCAUUUCUUCCUGGCUCUCUACCUGGCCAGUGACAUGGAGGAGGACAACCAGGCCCCCAAACAAGACAUCUUCUCCUUCCUCUACGGCAAGGACUACUCCCAGCGACCUUUGUUCCACAAGCUUCGCUACCAGCUCAUCUGCUCCAUGCGCUGGAGGACGUGGGUGUCCCCAGAGGAGAUGGAGGAGAUCCAGGCUUAUGACCCAGAGCACUGGGUGUGGGCCCGAGAUCGCACCCUCAUUUCCUAGAGCUCCGGGGAUGUGGAGGCCUGAGGUCAUCGGCCUGAGGGAAGAACACUGGGCCCAGGGGAGAGGGGAAUUUUCAGCAGGAAGUUUAUCCCAACGCUAAUGCCAGACACCAGGAGCCUCCUGUGCAGAUCAUCUAGAAGAACCUGGACUCUUCUAGAAGGAGCAAAAUAGAAUGACCAGGUUUUCCUCCUAGGAGCCGUGGAAGUACUUCUAGGAGUCGGUGGAGGGAAAGUGAGAAACCAGGGGUGUUUCUGGUUCCACCCCUUCCUGCGACACCACCUCCCUUUUCACAUUGCUGAAUCCCAACCUCCCCUGGGCUGGAAGCUGGAGUUCCCGUUUCCUAUGGACUUUGUUGCCACAGUCCAGAGCAUUUGAAGGCACAGCACAGGCGCUCAGAUUGUCACAGAAUUCUUUGUUAAAUAUGAAAUUACUGCCAUAGGAUUUUAAAAGAUAGUUUAAUAGAUACUAUACAUUUUAUUGGUUUAUUUUGAAAAUGUUGGCCAUAGAAUUAUUACUAUGUUGAUUUGAAAUCGUUUGGAAUUUUUGUAGUUUUGAAAACAUGCUGUUCCUAUAGAGUUCUGUGAUGGUCAUUAUAUACAUAUAAAUAUAAUUUAGUUUUCAUUUUUAAGAGAGAAUUCUUUUUAUCACAAAUGUGUUCUCUUUAAAUCGUUUUAUCUAUUAUUACAUGUACUCCCGAAGUGAGCACUCUUGUUAGCUAUGAUACUGACCUAAUAUAUCCAUUAUAUUUAUAGCUAGGUGGUAGUUUCCCUAUGUUCUUAUAAAUUUUCUGUUUAGUGUUUGUUACUGGACUGUGAGAAUUCAGUUGUGAUUUUUAACAUGCCUUACGUAUAUACUAACAUGUCCAAUAUACACUAGACAUUUUAUUUGUUUAUUUUGAAAAUGAUGGGCAUGGCAUUCUUACUACAUUUAUUUAACUAGUUUAGAAAUACAAGUAUUUUUUAAAAGACACUGUUCUUAUGAAGUUGAUGGGUGUUAUACCUGUUAUAUACAUAAAAAUAUAAUUCUGUUUUCAUUUUUAAGAGAGGAUUCUUUUUAUCCUAAAUGUCUUAUUUUUAAAUCUUUUUAUCUAUUAUUACAUGUGCUGCUGAAGGGAGCACUGUUAUUACCUAGGGUAGUUACAUAAUGUAUCUAUUAUAUUUAUAGCUCGGUGGCAUUUCCCCGAAAUUCUUGUAAAAAUAAAUUUAUAUUUGAUGUUGAGUGUUAUUGAAUUGUGAUAAUUCAGAUGUAAUUUUGUCAGCUUGUAUUGAAAGGUUUGUAUGUUCCUUUAAAGAGGGCAUGUGUUUGAAAGGAGGACAGGAGCUGUGUGUUUGAAAGAGGACAGUGCAGUGUGCUGCCCGCGAAAAUGCAAUAAAGAUGAAGUUUUCUCAUCUUCACAAUGAUUGUGACCAUAUUGGUCUGGAUUGCUUAUUUGUUGUCCAGUGAUAUUUUUGUUUAAUGGGGUUUUAGUUAUUUGAACGAAUUAAUU